AUGGGGGAACUCGGCUGGGCCGAUGUAGGUAUUGUUAUUGGGUAUUUUACAUUGCUGUCUGUUUUGGCAUUUUGGGCGUCAUGUCGAGGCAAGGCAAACGGAGUAAAAGACUAUUUUUUGGCGGGAAGAAAUAUGCUUUGGGUGCAGAUUGGGGCUUCUCUGUUCGCCACUAAUUUUGGUUUGAAUUUUUUCAUUGGAAUGUCGGGGUCGGCUGCAGCUAGUGGACUCGGUGUUACAGUUUACGAAUGGCACGCAAUAUUUAUUUUGAUUUUAUUAGGGUGGUUUUUCGUUCCUGUUUAUGUGUCGUCAGGGGCCUAUACGAUGCCCCAGUAUUUAAAGAAGAGGUUUGGUGGCAAAAGAUUGCGGACCUACUUAUCCUUGCUGUCAAUAUUUCUGUUGGUGGUCCAAAGGAUAUCGGUAAAUAUGUAUUCGGGAGCGCUGUUUGUACAACAAGCCAUGGGCUGGAAUAUGUAUAUCUCCAUUAUCAGCGUCACAGCUUUCACGACACUCUUUACUAUAUUAGGUGGUCUGUCGGCUAUCGUUUGGGCACACUGUUUUCAAAUUGUCGCCAUUUUGAUUUGUUCCACCUACCUCACAGUGUUGGCAUUCAUUAGAGUAGGUGGUAUGGAGGCCUUGUUUGAAAAAUAUAUGAUGUCUGCUGCUAAUAUGACGUCAUGUGAUCCUAGAAUGGGAUUGCCCCGCGAGGAUUCCCUUCACAUAUUUCGCGACCCAGUGACGUCAGACGUACCAUGGACAGGAGCUGUGUUUGGGUUAACUCCAAUGGCGAUUUUAGCCUUCUGUACAGAUCAAGUGAUGGUUCAAAGAGUUCUGGCAGCUAAAACCCAUUCCCAUGCUAAAGGUGGUGUUAUUUUUGCUGCGUGGUUAAAAAUUACUCCAUUUUUCUUGGUGAUUCUUCCUGGUAUGAUAGGACGAGUUCUCUUUCCUGAUGAAAUCGGAUGCGUGGAACCGGAACUGUGUAUGGAGGUUUGUGAGAAUCCACAUGGAUGUUCUAACUUGGUGUAUCCCAAAUUGAUCGUGGAACUUUUGCCGAACUUUGUGCGAGGUUUAAUGACGGCUGGUAUGCUCUCAGCUCUAAUGGGAACCUUAACUUCGAUCUUUAACAGUGCCAGUAGCAUGUUCACUUUAGAUCUGUGGCCACGAUGCAGACCUAAAGCUUCAGAGAGGGAGCUCAUGGUUGUUAGCAAGGUGUUUAUCGUAGGCUUGAUGUGUACCAGUUUGCUUUGGAUGCCAAUUUUAGAGAAUAAUCAAGGGGGACAACUGUGGAAUUAUAUACAAGCAAUGGCCGCCUACAUUGCACCACCAUUUCCGGUUGUAUUUUUACUGGGUGUUGCUUGGCAACGAACUACUGAGCAGGGGGCGUUCUGGAGUUUGAUAUCUGGGCUCUUGGUCGGACUAACACGGUUGGUACUGGAUAUUUCAUACCAGAAACCUGCCUGUGGUGAGACAGAUACCAGACCAACACUUCUGUCUAGCGUCCAUUUUCUUCAUUUUGCCGCCAUUAUUACAGUUAUAUCGUUUGUUGUUUGUGUGGUCGUUAGUUUAUGUACACAGCCACGUUCUGAAGUUCAGGUGAGUUGUCUGUCCUUGCUGACUGAUUGA